CUUGCGCAUUGAUUCGGCGCUGAAAUUGAAAUAUUUGAAAUUGGAAUUCUAAGGAGACGAGGUUGGGACACUUACGGGUAUUGCUGGGAGGUUUGCGGAAGUUGGAUACAGUGCUUGAAGUUUUCGCUUAUAUUGCUCUAUUCUCUAUAUACUGACUGGCUUUGGCGUGUCAUGAUUAAAUCUUGCUCCGAAUAGUUUGGUGUUUAGGCGGCCAGUUAAAUACAAGACCCUCGCAAAUAUUUUUUUUGUCGUUCUUUGAAGAUGGAGACAAGGCGUCAACCUCUGAAGCGUUUGUGUCCAGACUCUGGAAAUGAAUCUCCCAGAAAGAAACGUUUUGCAGCACUAGAAGGGGAAUCUGAGAACUGUGACCCAAAAUUUUCUAAUGAUUUAGAGUGUGUCUCCAGAAGAAGCUGGUCUUCCCUACUACGUGUAACCGAACAGGAAAUAAAACCAGAUACUCCAGCAAUCCCUUCUAUAAGAUCCAGGAUACAGAUGCUAACAGACUCGAGCAAAGAUGUGAAGCAAGAUGCUGAAGGUUUUUCUGAUGGUCAAGGUGAAAAAUCAUGGACAGAAAACUUACAGGAUUCAUCUCUGUUCUCAGAGCCUGAAAAAAAGAGAGAAACUGAAGAGAUUAAAGGCCAUCCAGAUGUGCGUUCUGUGUUAGAGAAAUUUGAGUGGAAACCCGAUUUUGAAAAUAAUCUGCCUCUGCCUUUGGCUGAGAGCACAAUUGCCCGCCGCAGUUAUCAUGAGUGUGAGGAAGACAAGCCUUCAAGUGAGAAAACUGUUAGACGCCUGCGCAAGGAGCGGGAGGAGGAGCUGGCUAUGGUGUGCACAAUGCUUGAUCGCAAAAACCCCUGGAGAGCAGAGUCCAUGAGACAAAGUCAGAAGCAGAAUGUUGAUCAGUUAAAUACAGAUUAUGCAAAAGAAAGGAGAAAACGGAGGAGAGUGAGAACAGGUCGUGGAAAUGUUAAAAUGGGCCCCAUCCAUGAUGCAGAGACAAACUCAAGUGAAUCGGACUCUGGAGAGCUGUCUCUGGCAGGUGGUGAAGGGGUGCUAGACAUCUCAGAGGAACACUAUGUUUCUUCGUUGGAGGUCAAACUACAGAGCACUCUUAACUCAGAUUCAUGCGAUGGAAGCAUACCCUUGCAGCAAGAGGGCACAACAUCACCAUCCUUUAAUCCACAAGUGGCAAAUAAUCUGAAUCAAGGUAGGAUAUCGCCUGAUGACUCUGAAGAGGUCAGAAGCCAGGUAACAAUGGACAACUCUGCAUUCAUUGAUCGAUUGUUUGAAGGUGUCCUUGACAGCAGCAAUGGAUCAGUAGAUGACUUGUCAGAGAGAGAGCUGGAUCUGCCCCCAGUCUCUCUGUUAUCUCCUCUCACUAAGUCUAUAGAUCUGCAGGCAGCCAUCAGCCCUUUGAGUUCUGUUGUAUCCAGUUUACCUGAGUUGCUGGUGGAACCUCCAGUUACACCAGUACCAAAUACUCGAGAAGACUCUCCUCUUCUCUACAGCAUUGAUGCUUACCGUACAAUGCGAAAGAAUGUACAAGGAGAGCUUGGUAAGCAAUCUAUCAUAAAGACAAACUACUUUUCCCCUGAGAAAACUCUCAAAGCCCAAGUUGCCGGAGACUCAAAAGAAAAAAUAAAGUUGCUAAAUAAGGAAGUGUCAACACUCCAGCGUAUCAUUGAGCAAGCUUGCCGUGCAUUAAGCUGCUGUGUGGAUGCUGAGCAUGGCAAAGGAACUCGGCAAGAGGCUGAAGCAGAACGGUUACUACUGGUUUCAAAUGAAAAGCGGCAGGCACUUCUAAAGGAAAUAGACAGAUUAAGGGGAGAAAGCUCAGAAGAACCUGUACCAUGUCCCCCUUCAAGAGGCAUAAAGCCUUGUCGCGGCUCUAUUACAGUUUCUGACAUUCGGCUUCCUCUGAAGGUUGAUUAUGUGUGCUCAACCAUUCGUGAAUCAGGCUGUCCAAGCCACUACUUCCUUAUACUAAUUCGCUUUGGAUCACAUGACAUUGUCGCCACACCUCUUGCAAGUGCUGCCGAUGCACAGACAGGGGAUACAAUCCUUUUUCCUACAACAGUUACUUUGAAAGACAUAUCUUCUGAUUUCAGAAUUGAUAUAGAGGUUUACAGCCUGGCACAAGGGGGAGCAGUUACAAUAAUGGACAAGCGCAAAACUUUGAAGCCUAGGAUUACUCCAAAGAAACUUCUUGGCUCUAGGAAAUCAAGUUUGAAUUCCCCUGCUUGCAGUCCUGCUGUGGGCAAUAUUGUAAGAUCCAGUAACUUCCUACUUGUUGGAUCCCUGACACUUUCUUUGGACUCUUUGGGAAAGUUGAAGUUUCCUCUUGAAAAGAUGAAGUUGGAAGGCAAACUCGGGCGCAUUCUUGGGAAUCAUUUUCAGGAUAAGGUUCCUUUCUUGUCACCACUCGAGGGAAACCUGUAUAUUAAGCUGCAGUGCGAGAGUCACUCAACAGUGCAACGGAGUGGCUUCCUUACAAUGUUUGAGGAUGUAAGUGGUUUAGGAGCUUGGCACAGACGCUGGUGUGUUUUGUCCUCAAACCAGCUAUCCUUCUGGACGUACCCUGAUCAGGAAGCAUUAAAAGAACCAUUGGGUCGACUAAACCUUGCAAACUGUACUAGUGCCAAAAUUGAACCAGCAAAAAGGGAGGCAUGUGCUCGUCCCAACACCCUGGAACUGAUCACUAUGAGGCCACAGCGAGAAGAUGACAUGGAUACCUUGGUAACCCAGUGCCGCAACACCCUAUGCUUUACCAAGAACUGGCUGACGGCUGACACCAAGGAGGAGCGAAACCAGUGGAUGGAAGCUCUGAACCAAGUUUUGGUAGAUCUUCGAACAUGGAGAUGCGGUCCUGGGAAGGUGUCUCCAAACAAGACAACAUUGCAGUCCCCAAACUCUAAAUCCACAAAAGGAAAAGAUUGCUAACUUUAGCAACAUUGUUUUUACUGCAUAUUAAUUUGUAUUUUGGCAUUUAAGCUCUUAUUACAUACUCAAGGAAUUUGUUGAAUUAGCUGCUAGACUUUCGCAAGAUUUGCGUGCAGUAACAGGUUUUUAUCCCAUUCCUUAGCUCUGCUGCACAAUAACACUUUCAAGCACUUUAACAUAGUAAACAAGGUCAUUAAAAAAUUACAUUUGCAUUUCCAAAUGUAUCAUAUCUACCAGCAUCAAACUGUUGAGGAGGGGGUAUAAAAUGAUUAAAAUAUAGUUCCUGUUAAAAUUGCCCAUCUUCUUUCUGUGUUAAGAAGGAAAAGAGAAUACUUACUGAAUGUACCUCCUCCUUUGAAGUGAAGAAUGCAUCUUUUUGAAUGAAUAUACACAUAUAGACACACAUAUUCAUCUUUACUAAAUAAGAGAACGUGACGUUUAUUUACGUCUUCCAAAAUGUAAACCCAUCAGGUACAAAGGGUACUGGGGUUUAACGUUUAGCAUCUGCAGUAUCACAUGAUGGCUUGUUUGAGAGGUACUUUUCUGCAUCAGUUUAUAGACCCUAUUACUUUAAAACAAAGGUUAUAUUGUAGAAUAUUUUUCAAAAAAAACUCUAAAGCUGUAGUGAUUAGUUUAGUGAAUGCCUUGGUCUCUAAUUUUUUUUUGCCUUAAUAGGAUUUUCACGGUGCAAAUUUAGUUACCCAUAUACUUUGGGCGUCUAUGUGAAAACUGUUAAAUAUAUACAAGCUUUAUUUUAAAAACUAUGAGCCUCACUUUAUAGGUAUCUGAUUAGCAUAUGGUUUGUAUCACAUGGUUUGCACUUUAAUUUUCUGUCCAGAAGAAUAGGCUUGGUCUGAUACCAGCCAUCUAAUAUUGAAAUGUCUGUGCUGUCCUUGGCCGAUAGCACUACCUGACAGAAUCCAUUACACAAGAGGUUGUCACCAAGGACAUAAGAGCAAACCUUAUUGUGCGGCUUUUGUUUAUAACAAAGUUAUUUUUGUGUUUAUCCUAUACUAAGGUUACCAGAUCGCAGAAAUAAUAGGGAGCACGUCUAUUAAAUGCAAAUUACUGUAUAGCAGUUAGACGAGUUACUGCAGUUUCUCUAGUGGGAGAUGCUCUGUAUGCCUCAUUUUGUUUUUCCCUAUAUCUGGUAACUUUCUCUUACACUACACCUAUCACCUAUACAUGUUUUAUGUUUCUUUAUUGUUUUCAUAUGUACAUGUGAUUUAUACAAUACUAUAAUGAACAGAUAUAUCCAAACACUAUUCAAAUGUACACUAAUGACAACAAAUUUGUGAUUUUAAUGUAAGGUUACCUAUAAAAUAAAUGUAAAAAAACUGUUUGGCUCCA